CCCCAGAGGAGAGCAGGGGCAGGCAGGGGGUGCUGAGGCAAGUGAGACACUGGAGCUGAGGAGGCAUCAUGGCUGUGUUUCUGGAAGCCAAAAAUGCCCAUGCAGUCCUGAAACGAUUCCCUCGUGCCAAUGAGUUCCUGGAGGAGCUACGUCAGGGCACCAUUGAGCGGGAGUGCAUGGAAGAGAUCUGCAGUUAUGAAGAGGUCAAGGAAGUAUUUGAGAACAAAGAGAAAACGAUGGAAUUUUGGAAGGGAUACCCAAAUGCAGUCUACUCAGUCCGAGACCCCUCGCAGAGCUCAGAUGCCAUGUAUGUGGUGGUGCCCCUUCUGGGGGUAGUCUUGCUGAUUGUCAUUGCCUUGUUUAUCAUCUGGAGGUGCCAGCUGCAGAAAGCAACUCGUCACCACCCCUCCUAUGCUCAGAACCGGUACCUAGCCAGUCGUGCUGGGCACAACCUUCCCCGAGUUAUGGUGUACAGAGGCACUGUGCAUAGCCAGGGAGAAUCCUCUGGGCACCGAGAGGCAGGAAAUAACCCACAGAUAGUUCUGGGGCCCAGCCGAGGAGGCAGAACCACUGUCAGGCUGGAGAGUACCCUCUACCUCCCUGAGCUCUCUCUCUCCAGACUAUCCAGUGCUACCCCUCCCCCCUCUUAUGAGGAGGUGACUGCCCCCCAAGAGGGAAGCAGUGAGGAGGCCAGUGUCUCUUAUAGUGACCCUCCCCCAAAGUAUGAAGAGAUUGUGGCAGCUAGCCCCAGUGCAGACAAGUAGCUGAAUACAGGCCCUGGCCUGUAUAAAAGCCUCUGUCAGAGGUAGCCUGCUUCCUUUUGGAUUUCUGAAAGACUGUGCCACCACAAAACAGCCUUAGCCUCCUUGUUGCCAAAUAAUUCCCUAAUUGUGGAUUUGUAGGAAGUCAGUUGAGAGAGACCGUGUCUCUCUGUGUGUGUGUGUGUGUGUGUGUGUGUGUGUGUGUGUCAGGGGUCGGGGGAGGCAUAGGACAAGUGCAUGAACCCCCUGGGAAGAGCUACAGACCUGAGAGUCCAGGUCUUCCAGACUUCCCCCUUGCCACCAAGUCCCCACUAUCCUGUCCUCUCAUUAGAGACUGGCUUCUCUUAUGCCAAAGGAACCAUUCAAUAGCAUUGAUUGUGAUUAGAAUGACUACAGGAUCAUCCCCUGGGGCUGUGGCUCUGUCUGUGGACCUAGGGCGCAGAGAUAAGGGAGUCAAGGCAGCCCUACAGUUCCAUCCUUCCUGUUCUCACUUAUGAGGACAGAAAUAACGAUUGAACUAGGAACAAAACACAAGUCAUAACAAAUAAUGAACCAUAGAUGAAAACAAUAUCCCCUGGACCAUCUGUAGCCCUCCAAAAGACAUCAAUUGAACAGACCUUGGCACAGCCUCCCUCCAACACCCACCCCUAUGCUCCUGGCCAGGGUGAAAUCUAUGUGGAGAGCAACUUGGCAGGAGGACAGGACAUGGAAAGGAGGAGGGAAGGGUUCUGGGUGGCAGAGCUCCUUUUUCCAGACCAAUCAAGGGGCCCACUUGAACUCUGCCAUCUUGUUUCUGGUGUGUACCAUCUGUGUUUGACCACUCCCCACUGGCAUUAGUCCAGGUAUAGCCUUGGAGUACUCUGUUGUGGGGAAAUUGAUGACCCCUUCCUUCAUGAAGUCCGGGGCCUCUCCCUGGCCAUUACAGACUGGCAUAGAGAGCUCAAGAUACUUCUUUUGUGGGGUUGAUCAAUCCAUAGGAUAGUUAAAACCAUAAAACCACAAGCUCCACCUCCUUGGCACUGUGCUAUCUGUCUGGCUUUGUAGUUUUAGGAUACUUCCUUUUUUUUUUUUUUUUUUUUUGUAAAUAGGUGCAUUGAACUUGAACUUCAGAUUGUGAUUUCUCCUAAUGAUGGUGCCCUUACAGGGAGAAGUUCCCAAAGUGUGUCUUAAAUUUUUUCUUAGUGGGGGAGCCUAUGACCUGGAGUCCAAAGCCCACCUGGGGUUUGCUGUGCCAUGGCCAGGGGAUGAUCUGUUUUCAAUGAGGCUUUGGAAGCCGUUGGGCAGAGGUGACUUGCUCUUUAACUGUCAAUGAUAAAGUAAAAGACACAGUUGAUACCAUCUCUACCCACCCCAGCUGUAUUCUCUUGGCCUCUAUGCCAAAUCAUUCUUCCUCUGUGGUGCUUUAAAAUAUGUAGAACAUUUUUGUGGGGCCCAAAAAGAGUGUAUAGCGUGGGUCUGCUGGCAACUGCAGUGGUUUCAACCCACAGAGUUGACAAGCUUCCUUCUGUCUAAACAGCCCUCCAAGGCAGACAAUGAGACACAUUCCUUGAAUGCACUUCUGCCUUGAGGCCCCAGAUGACUUCUAGAGGCUGUUCCAGUGCUAGGGACUUUCCCAGGGGUGUGCUUCUAGUCAAGCUUAUGCUCUUACCCCAGUGAGGCUGCCAGCUUGAAUAACUCAACCAUGUGGCUCCCCUACCUCACCAGCCCAUUAGAGGCUGACAGAGCUAAUGCUUGUGAAG